ACCACCGAUCGCGCGUGCUGGACCAGAAGGCCUGGACCACAGGUUCCCCAUGCCUGUGCUAGAGGUAGCAGGACGUUGUAACCUGUGCCCGAAACGACCUGCUUGGAAUGAAACCUCCGGCGGCACGCGUCUCGGCAAGAGCGAAUUCUCCGAUACCUUUCGCGGUACAUGCCUGGCGCAAAUGCAUGAGACUCCGGCAACCCGGCGUCCACCGGAAAAGAUGCCCACCCCGCCCCGACGCUUGGCAGAAGAGGAGGAGGAGCUUCUGCGUCGGCCGGCGGGCUGUCCUCAUUGGCGCUGGAGCCGAGCGAUGGCGGCUGCACGCACUGCAAGCGGGAAGGGGCUGCUGCUGCAGCUGCUGCGGAAAGAGGCGGCUUUGCCGACGGUCCCGUCCUUCGCCUUCGUUCCCUGUCGGCACCGACACGCGCAGAAGAAGAAAUGGGCAUCCACCACUCCUCGUGUGCCUUGCACCAGACGGGCUCUGCGGGUCUUCGACAUGACCUAUGGUGUGCAGUUUGGCAGCCUCUGGCCCUCGAUCCGCAUCGGUCUUCUCUCAGAGCAAAAAUAUGGAGCUCUUAUCAACAAUUACUGUGAUGCACAGAAGGUCACCCAGGAACUGGAAGAAAUGCAGGCAGCAGAUUUCAUCUGGGAAUCUGGAAAAGUAGAGCAGGACCUGGAUCCUGCAGCUGAGCAAGGUGCCAGUGAGCCUGAAUCAUCCUCAGAAACUCAGACUGAACCCUCUGAGCUCCAAGCGCAACCUCCUCAUUCUCCUUUCAUAUCCAUCAGUCCCAACAUAAAAUGUUACACGUUCCCCAAAGGAGAUAUCAGCCUUUUUCAUCCAGCCAGACCAGACAUGAUAGGAGUUCUGGGCUAUUAUCUUCUGGAUGCUGCAUCCAUCUUGCCCGUCUUGGCUCUCAAUGUGCAGCCUGGCAACCUGGUCCUUGACCUUUGCGCAGCACCAGGUGGAAAGAUGCUGGCCCUUCUACAGACUGGAUGUUGUCGACAGCUGGCUGCCAAUGACCUCUCUGUUUCCCGCACUCGUCGGCUGCGUCAAAUUCUCCAUAGCUACCUUCCAGAAGAGCUCAGCAAGAUAGUGAGGAUUACAUCAUGGGAUGGAAGGAAGUGGGGUGACCUGGAGAUGAAUACUUACGAUAGGGUCCUUGUGGAUGUACCAUGCACAAAUGACCGUCACUCAGUCGUAGAAGAGGACAACAAUAUGUUCAAUCAAAUGAGAAAGGGGGAGCGUCAGAUGUUGCCAAUGCUCCAGGUGGAGCUGCUUGUGGCUGGGAUACUUUCUGCCAAGCCAGGGGGAGACGUCGUGUACUCAACGUGCUCCUUGUCUCAGCUCCAGAAUGAGUAUGUGGUUGAAAGAGCUGUGGAGCUACUAGCAAUCCAACAUGACAUUAGCAUCCAGGUUGAAGACUUGAGCUGUUUUCGAAAGUGGUUCCAGAACACAUUUUCAUUCUAUCCUGACUGCAGACUUGGAGAACUCAUCCUUCCCCAUCUCACAGCUAACUUUGGACCAAUGUAUUUUUGCAAAUUGCACAGAUUGAAUUAGAAAGGGCAUGGCACGGCACGAAAAGUGUCCUGGGAUAUUUUCAACUUCCCUUUGACACCUGUCUUUUUGAAUAAAGACUAUGAUGCAGCUUGCAAUAAAAACCAGCAUUUUGCUUAAUUGACCCCACACCUGUGUGCUAUUAAAAAACCCCCACAUUACUCACUGUAUGUGGUUGCUACCAAACAAACUCUUCACUCCACAGAUGGGUGGAAGUCAUGUGUACAAGCCUUUGAUGUGUGCAACUACCAUUGAAUACAACCCAUGAUUUCUGCCAUGUAUAUUGGCUGCAUAGGAAUAUUUUUUUACAUAAGCCCAUAUGCUGCAAGUGGAAUGUAAACCACUAAAGAGAUAGAAGAGUAUGAUCCCAAAAGCACAGAAUAAAAAUUUGCAAAAAUUGUAAAAAAAAUUCAGUUUGCAUACUUUACACAAACUUCGCAGGAGGAGGAAGACUAGUAUGCACCUUGCAGAGUUCCUCUUGCAUAUUAGACAUAUGUUGUUGGAGUGUCCAUUUUCUAAAUGUUCACUAAGCUUUUCUGAGAACUGACUACCUGAUCUAGACCCUGUGUUUGGGUGAAGAUACAAAUACUUUCUUCCUGUCCAUAAUGACUUAAUAGGCUGCUCAACUGCCACUUAAGACCUUUGCAACCAAUGGUUACUGCAGGAAAGAAGUCAUAUACAUGAUGUGAUUGGAAUCUUAGACAUGGCUGCUUGAAACUGUCAUCUGGUGGAUGGCAUAAUAUAAUUGCACCAUCAAAUUUAUUGCAUGUAUUUUCAGAGGAAAGUCCUCCAGCCUCCCCGGGAGUUCAGGCUGGUGCUGUUCAUACUAGAGAGGCUGGAAGAAGCAGUGCAUUGCUGGCAGGCCUGCCCAUGUAUUUCUCAGCAUUGGACUGGACUGGUUUGGACAUAAUUGAAGCAUCGUGUGUGUGUUGGGGGGGGGGGAGGUUCUUAGCCAAGUUUUGUUUCUAAAUUUAGCAGCUAAACAGGAUAAGAUUCCUGUUUUUUAAUCCGUCCAGCCAUCAGCCUGUUUUGUUAUUUAGGGGUCAGUGAGACGUAAGAAUUUUUCCUUGAAAUAAUUUUUCCAUUCUUAACUAUUA